AUAAUAUAUACUUGAGUAACUCAACUGCAUGUAAUCUGUAUGUCUCGACUGUUACACAGUGGUUUUGUCUCGUCACAAACGGAGGUUUGGAGAAGCUGGUUGUCACCCCUCACCCCACAUCGUAGCCCAGCGCUUGCAGGGUGCAGGGGACAGGGUCUGAGUUCGCGUCAAAUUUCGAAGUUGACGGCCGAGACAACAACCACUGCCGAAUCAUUAGGUAACUCCCACAUCACGGCGGCCGGGCGGACACAGUAACCACACAAAAUUGGAUAACACGUCCAAAAUGUCGAAAGCCACCAUCGCCGUCAUCGCCGCCGUCAGCGCUGGCGCCGGUGCAGCGGCCACGGCGGCCAUGUACUCGAUGCGCAAACCAGAACAGACGGUAACAUCGACCACUACCACCGCCGUAACCACAAGAACCCCCUCCGCCCCCGUCCCGGUCCUCGCCUCCCAGGUCUUUACCCCCCAAACGACCACCGCCCCCGGCGCCCCCGUCGACCCCGCCGGGCUAUUCGAAUACGGCUUCCCCGGUCCCGUCGCCGACCUAGCGACACGGCAGGGCCUGGUAUCCUCCUUCGACCGGCGCACGCGCAACCCCCACUGGGUAGCCGAGCACAUCACGCCGGCCUCGCUGAGCAUCCGCGACGGCGACCGCAAGCACAGCUCCUUCCUGGAGGACCCCGCCAUCCCGGACAAGUUCCAGGCCAAGCUCAAGGACUACUACCGGUCCGGGUACGACCGCGGGCACCAGGUGCCCGCGGCGGACUGCAAGUGGUCGCAGGGGGCCAUGAACGACACCUUCUACCUGUCCAACAUGUGCCCGCAGGUCGGCGAGGGCUUCAACCGGGACUACUGGGCGCACUUUGAGGACUUUUGCCGCCGCCUGACCCAGCGCUACCCGAGCGUGCGCAUCGUCACGGGCCCGCUGUACCUGCCCAAGCGCGACCCGCAGGACAGCAAGUGGUACGUCCGCUACGAGGUCAUCGGCGGCGCCGCCCCCAACGUCGCCGUGCCCACCCACUUCUACAAGGUCAUCUACGCCGAGGAGCAGGCCGCCCCCGGCGGCAAGGUCGCCCUCGGCGCCUUUGUGCUGCCCAACGCUGUCAUCCCGAACGAGAAGCCGCUGAGCGACUUCGAGGUGCCGCUCGAGGCUGUCGAGCGCGCGAGCGGCCUGGAGUUUGCGAACAAGUUGCCCGCUGCGAGGAGGAAGCGGCUGUGUGCCGAGACGAGCUGCUCCGUGAUGGUGAAGGAGUACGCCGAGCGGCAGAAGGCGUUUGCGAAGAAGUAGGGCGCUGGGGUCGGGGGUAUGUGAUACCAACAUUUGCCGUGGUUAUAUUCGGGACGGAUACAGCGCGGUUUCAGCAUAGCAGAGCGGGAUCUGUGUCAUAGUGUUGGAUCGUACAAUAAUAGCUAAACAAGCAAGCAUUGACUAGCUGCA